GCGACCGCGGGAGCGGAAGAAGCGAGCGAACACGCCGAGCGAAGCAGCGCUGCUCCUCUCCGCGGCAACUUGCGCACAGAGUUUUGAGCGGCGGUAUUGUUCCGACUUCACUCCAGAGGGGCCACUCCGAGGCGAAGGGACGCGCACAAAAGAGGAAAAGGACUAUCGCUUUGUCCGAGCCAGGUCCCACGUUCUCCUGCUCCUGCCUCUCUCCUCUGUCUUUCUGCAUUUUUGUUUUUUUUUUUGUUUUGUUUUUUGCCUCGUCCCGCCGGGCUGCGGUCCCCUUUGUCGCCGAGAGCGUGGACGCGCUGUGGGUUUGAGGAGCAGAAGCUGCCCACAUGGUCCAACCACUGGCGUGAAAGUUGCCUUCUUCAGAAACGCGAGAGAACAGGUGCCAGUGAUGAUGGUGGAAUCAGCCUCUGAGACCAUUCGAACGACGCCGUCGAGCCAAAACGGAGUCAGCAGCCUCAGCAGCCAAUCCGAUGCAGGCGGCGGCCGGGAGGGCGGAUCCAACGGUGACACCAACGGAGAGAUCAGCCCGGUCGACCUGCUUCACCUGCAGCAGCAACAGGCGCUCCAGGCAGCCAGACAGUUCCUCCUCCAGCAGGCUUCUGGACUCAACUCUCCUGGCAACAACGAGGUCAAACAGAGCCCUGUGCAGGUGCCCGUGUCCAUGGCCAUGAUGAGUCCUCAGAUGAUCACUCCUCAGCAGAUGCAGCAGAUCCUGUCGCCCCCUCAGCUCCAGGCUCUUCUGCAGCAGCAGCAAGCUCUUAUGCUCCAACAGUUGCAGGAGUAUUACAAGAAGCAGCAGGAGCAGUUGCAUCUGCAGCUUCUGACUCAGCAACAGCAGCAGCAGCAGCAGCAGCAACAGGCCGGGAAACAAGCCGCCAAAGAGCAGUUGGGCAGCAAGCAGUUGGCCUUCCAGCAGCAGCUCAUCCAGAUGCAGCAGCUUCAGCAGCAGCACAUCCUCAACCUGCAGAGGCAAGGCCUGGUGCCCAUGCAGCCCACCGCGGCCAUGCAGUCCCUGCAACAAGCAAUGUGUCCGUCGGACCUCCAGCAGCUGUGGAAGGAGGUGUCCGGGGUUCCCAGCAGCGAGGAGGCCCUGAAGCAAGCCGAAGGCCUGGACUUGAGCACCAACAGCUCCAACUCUACCUCAUCUUUCCCCAAAGCUGCCACUGCUCACAUCCCGCUCCACAGCCUGUCCAACGGACAGAGCCACACCCCAAAGAGAGACAGAGCAAGACUGUUUGAGUGGAUAUCCUCCUUCACCAAAGCAGACAGCGGAGACGACCAUGUCACCCCUUACUCCAAAGGCAGUCAACCCCCCAGCAGCCAUCACGAGGAGCACGCCAGCUCCCAUCCUCUCUACGGUCAUGGAGAGUGCAAGUGGCCCGGCUGUGAAGCGCUGUGCGAGGACAUGGGACAGUUUAUCAAGCACUUGAACAAUGAGCACGCCCUCGAUGACCGCAGCACUGCCCAGUGUCGAGUUCAGAUGCAGGUGGUACAGCAACUGGAGAUACAGCUGGCGAAAGAGAGCGAGCGACUCCAGGCCAUGAUGGCCCACCUGCACAUGCGCCCCUCGGAGCCAAAGCCUUUUAACCAACCAUUGAACUUGGCUUCCACUGGCUCUCUGUUAAAGCGGGACAGCGAUGCCUAUCCAGAGGGUCUCCCCCACCCCCCUACCUCAGCUGCCACCCCCAUCACCCCGCUGCGCCAGGGACCGUCAGUCAUCAGCUCCUCCAGCCUACACCAACACUCCCACACGCACGGCGUCGGGCCCAUACGUCGGCGUAACUCCGACAAGUACUGCACCCCCAUCGCCUCAGAGCUGGCUCAGAACUGUGAGUUCUACAAGAACGCUGAUGUCAGGCCUCCCUUCACCUACGCCUCUCUCAUACGUCACGCCAUUCUGGAGUCUCCAGAUAGACAGUUGACCCUCAAUGAGAUCUACAACUGGUUUACAAGAAAGUUCGCCUACUUCAGGAGAAACACGGCCACAUGGAAGAAUGCCGUGCGCCACAACCUGAGUCUGCACAAGUGCUUUGUUCGUGUGGAGAACGUGAAGGGGGCGGUGUGGACCGUUGAUGAAGUCGAGUACCAAAAGAGGAGACCACCAAAGAUGACCGGAAGUCCCACUCUGGUAAAAAACAUGAUUUCAGGCCUGGGCUUCGGAUCCCUAAACGCCAGCUACCAGGCUGCUCUGGCAGAGAGCAGUUUGUCCCUGCUCAACAGCCCCCAACUGGUGACCCCUCCGUCAGCGGCCAGCCUCAACAUGCUGCACGUGGGCCACGAUGAUGUCAGCUCCACUGUGGAGCAGGUCAACAGCAACGGCAGCUGCAGCCCCACUCUGAGCCCUCAACAGUACAGCCACCAGGUUCAUGUAAAGGAGGAGCCCACCGAGGUGGAGGAGGACCACCGGCCCGUCUCCCUCCUGGCGGGGGUCACUCACAGCCUGCCGCUGUCCAGCGACGACCGCGACCUGGAGGAGGACCUUCCCACAGAGGAGCUGGAAUAGAGCCCACGUGGCUGGACCCGGGGGCGGGGCCUGCGGUCGCUGUCCAGAGGAACAACAACACUUUAACGCCAGAAGAGAAAAAAAGAUUUUUGUUUUGAAAGACAGUGAGAAACUCCAAACAGGGUUGGACGACCUCUUUUAAGAUUCCUGGAGCUUCACCUCUGCGCUUUUUUUAUUUUUUAUUUUUUUUGACGCAAGGUGCAACACCACUCGACACCCACCAACAUGCUCUGCUCCAGAUCCUGUCGCUCGGCGUUUCUGUCUCAGGCCAGCCGGACAGAACGCCGCUGGGUCGGACCACACGGACAGGAUGAAGUGUAAAUAGACCCGGAGCAGUCACCAGUUUGCCUCUCCUCCGUCUCCCCUUAUUGUUUUAUUUUUUAAACUUUUGCUUUAAAUCAGACUGUUGGGCUUUAAGAUGGGAAGAUAGAAAAGGAGGACGAGAGCUUUCAAAGAUUACCUCCAACGCGCCGGCGCCCCUGGCCGGACGGACGUUGUGACACACACUCUUCUAGAGCCCUCAAAGACUGAAGGAAAAGGUCUUGGGUGCUCGUCUCCCGACGCUCCGAGGAGGACUAAAAAAAUGAACAUGGAUUAUAACAAGAAAAAAUAUGUGGUAGCUUUUUUCAUUUUUUUUUUGUCUUUUACUUUUGAGGAUCGAAUAUUUCCACAGUGGUGUUGAGUUCCAAUGUUUUGUUUUUUUUGUUUCAUACACACCAUUCCAAACAAGUAUUGGCAGAAAAAGAGAGUAUUAACUUGUGACCCCCCUCACCCCUCAAAAAGUCUCAGUCCAGAGUGUAGCAGGCAGGACAUUUGGAAAUAGCACUUAAAAGUUGCCGUUCUCCACACACAUUAUUUAAGUUUUGUUUUGUCUGUCAAUCACUUGUGUUCUAGUGGUAUCAGUAAUGCUUUAAGAUAUAUAAAUAGAAUAUAUGUGCGGUCAGAGAAUACCUCAUCCCACAGAGGGGGAACUCUGUGCGGGACACCAAACGUGGCGACUCUGCUCUGCUGGUUACUGUGUAGAAGCUUUCUGCGAAUCACUGUGUGAGUUUGUGUUGAAGGUUGAGCACCUGAUAGUUCUAUUGUGUUCUCAUCUGAAACAUCGCCAUGCCAAACUUUCUUUUAACCUACCUGCUCCCCAUUUUAUUUUUGUUACAGGUAACCAAAGAAAACAUAGAAAACCAAAAACCCUGUAGUUGUUAUUUUCCUGGCCAAAAGAAAACAAGUUUUGUUUCGAAUUUUUCCACUCAGACUUGACAGUGCGGACCAUUCCAAAAACCAAAGUGUGUGAAGCCAAUUUGGAGAAGCUUUUAGGGAGGAGGCCAAAACGACUCUGUUACACCAGGGAAGAGAAGAAGCACUUAACCCCCGUCUCUCCCACACUCAGGCCGGACUGUGUUCCCACCCGGAGCUGGUGGUACUCAAAGGAGCCCGCGGCGGCGAGUCACCUGCAGACUGAAGCCAAGCUGCCGCUCAGACCCACAUGUGUGUCGCGCGCGGCGAGAGAUGUCAUCCUGCAAUGUCCCACCCACAUCACCGAUUUAAAAAAACCAAAAAUAACACUACCUCCUUUAAAACGGUUCAACACAAGCCAAACCAGAGACUGAACUAGAUACUAUUUUCACCAAAAGUCACGUGACUGAUCCGGACUCCCAAACUCAUCUGCUUGAGCCCAAAAAACACAACAAUGUUUUCUUGGAAUUCCAAACGACUACCUCUCCUUUGACCACCAUUCGAGCGUCUACCUUGUCUCUGAGAGUGUUGUGGAAGCUGAAACGAGGCUCUGACCACUCGAUUUUCCAAAGACCACGUCACCACGGCACUCGCCGAGACACCGCCAGGACUAAACUCAUCACUACUGCUCUCAAAACCCAGAGGAACUGCUGCAGACGUGCUUUAAGGUACACCUGUUUUCUAAAGAUUGUCGACAGGUCACCACUUGUGUUCUCUCCAGCUCGGCUCCAUGUAUCCUUGUGUGUUAGCGCUGCUCUCUCCUGGGCAUUUUGGUUUCCCCUCCUCUGUUGUAAAGCUUUCGCUCACUGAUGCUGAACUCUAUGUAUUUAUCAUAUUAAGUGCUGCAGGUUUCGUCUCUUUCCAUUUUUGAUUUUCAGUUCUGCAUUAAACGUCUGGGACGCUGAUAUUUUUUUUUUUUUGAAGUGUAUUAUCUUGAGAAAAAAAAAAAGAAGAGUUGAAGCUAGAUCAGUGGUUUAGAUGACACCUGUUUGUAUAUUUAUCUUAGCUAGGUCUAUUUUGAUACUUUUCUGUCUCUGUACUGCAUUUAUGCAUUUUUAAGGAAAGAAAACAAACUCAAAAAAAGUGACUUCGUUAUGUAUCGAUACCUCAGAAGGACUUUUUUUCUGAACGACAGGACCAAAACUCUGAAAAGUAUUGGAGAAAAAAACCACGUGUUGAUAUGUAGCCCCUCUCUUGCUUUAAAAACGGCGAGCACUACAAAAGUGGAGUCUGUCCUUUUCCAGGCCCCACCGCGGUGACCCCGCUCCCUCUGACCCACAGAGCUGCCGAUCCCGACGCAACGAACAGGUGGUGACCAGGUUCACCCCCCACCCCACCCUCUGGGCCCAGACCCAAGUCUGGCUCUUUAACCAAAACUCAGAGAAACAGCUCCCCCUCUGGCUACCAAAGGCGUUGCGCGUCCAAAACCCUGUAACCAAACCAGUGCCACUAACCAAACCAACACCAAGCUACUUCCAAAACUCCAUUGAUCCACUGUCAUUGACCAACGUGAAGGACAACCUGGCGUGUGGUGGGACAGCUCUGAGGGGCUGGGACUCGGGCGGUGGGACCCGUGCGUAUUAAGAAGUCGAAUGACCACUUCAGCUCUCCUCUGGUUAAACCUUAGGAAUGUGUGUACAUUUAAAUCGGUGACUCUCUGUCUUGUUAUUUUAGUUUCACUUUAUACUUUUUGUUUGGUUUCUUGUUAUCUGAAAGUGUGACCCGAGUGCGAGGCGGGACAGGGACUGGGCAGUGGCUGUGGACGGGGCGUGGAGCCCAGAUCUCGACACCGGGGCCAUGUACUGCCAGUCGCUGCCCUUUCCUUCAUGCUGUAUAAAACACAUACACAACACACACACGCACUCACUCACACACAACACACACAUAUAUCUGUGUAUUUGUAACCUGAAUCUUCUUGUGUCUGUCCAUGCAGACAAUAAAAAAACUGUACAGUAGGUCUAGUUGCAUGUAAUCUGUACUAAUUAUUGACAAUGGCAUUAUAAAAUGCAAUAAAAUACU